AUGAAUCGAGGACAGCGAGGAAAUAACGCGCAAAGUUCCGUUGAGCCAGAAACAUUAUUCUGUUAUGGCUGCGGCAAAGACAAACCUUUUUAUACAUUUUCAAAAACUCAACAAACAAAAGCCCUAUCAAACAUUUAUAAUCCGUAUGCUCCCAAGGGUCGUACGACAAAACGACACCAUACGCUUUGCAAGCAAUGCUCACCCAACCAAACAUCAAACUUGACCUGUAUGAUCUGCACCAAAACCAAACCUUUAGAAAAGUUCUCAAAGGCACAAAGAAGAAACGCCGAGAAGGCCAGAUGUUUGGAAUGCAUGGAAAAACGCAGCAAGGAAGACGAGCUCGUCAACGAGGAACUCGACACCGAUGAUUAUGAGGAGGAUUCCGAUGACGGUCCAUUGCAUGAAACAUGGGACGAUAUAUUGUAA